UCCCCCUGUGGCAACUCCUCUCUCGCCCGCCCCGGGUCCGCCGGCCUGGGGCGGCACUGCCCGGCUCGGCCCGCUCUUUCCCUCGCCGCGGCGCCCUGGCCUGAGGCGGCACCGCCCGAUCCGGCCUUUCUGCGCCCAGGGGCCGCCUUACACGGGCGUGUGGCGCGGCCGGGGGACGAGCGGCGGGGCUGUGCCCGGCCUCCCGCCUCGGCAGCGCCCAGGGAACAGCCCGCGACGCGGUUGCCCCGUGGUGCGGCGGGUGCCCUCGCCGGGCGCUCGUUUGUCGCUGCUGUCCGUAAGCUAGGCUGCCCCAAAGAAACGAGAGUGACAAAACUGGGGCAAACAACUGAAAAUGUCAUCCUAUUUGGCUCAGGAGGUUCACCUUGCUAGAAGACAUGAAGAGAUACUGUCUCAGAGAUCAGAGCUGCUACAGCAGAUGGAGACUUAUCUAGGAGACAAAAAGACUAAAAAGACAUGGCAAACUCAAGCAGCUGAUGCAGCUCAUAAAAGGAAUGCAGCACUUUUAAAUGAUAUAGAAGCAGCAGAAAAAAAGCUGCAAGAAAGAGUGUAUUUACUUCCACAUCCUGAUACUGUUAAGUUAGAAACUCUCUAUUGGGCAUCAAUAAAAGAAUCUCUUCCCAAGUGGGAACAGUUUCUUUUAGGAAGAGCAGAAGUUCCUAUUGGUUUUAAGAAAAUGAAAACUGCAAAAGAGAACAUAAGCUCCACAGAAGAAGAUUCACAAAAAUAAAUACUCUAGUUUCAUUUUGUUUUGUAAUUUGUGGCUUAAGCAGACAAGAUCAUCCAGAUCAGGCAACAGAAUAUUGUGCCAUUAAAUUGUAAUGUAAAUCAUUUAAAUGAAAAUUGACUAUAUUGGAUAAUUUGCUUGCA